AUGUGCGAGAAGAUUAAAAUGGUAUAUGAUUGUGGCCACUAUAGUGGAGUCGAAGUCUGGAAACCUCCAAAUCCCGCGGAUUGCCAAGCCGCCGUCAGUGCCAAUCGCCGGUGUCAAAUCACCAACACACUACUGCACUGCCCGACAGAAUGGGCCACAUAUCGCUGCAAAAUUCCCGGAUGGUGCCAGGGUACUCUUGUGUGCAAGUUGAAAAAUCUGCAAGAGAGCGGGUUUAGUUGCUGCAUUUGCAAUCGGAGGAGCCUCGGGAGAGAAUGCGCAUGCUCGCACCCCGCUUGUAUCAACUGCGAGACUCUAAUCGACGGGAUAGAAGUAAACAACCAACCGACGUACAUGCAAUAUGAGCAACCAGAAUUGCAGUAUACGGGUUAUGAGGGAUAUGAGAGAUAUGAGGAAUACGAAGGGUAUGAGGGGGAUGACGAGCAGGUUAACGCAAACAGGUGA